AAAGCUUUCUUCUCCAAUCAAUCAAUGGAUCAGAAGCCUCUAGGAUUGCUCACGAUCCACAUCAAACGAGGUAUUAAUCUCGCCAUUCGCGACCAUCGUAGCAGCGAUCCUUACAUCGUUCUCACCGUCGCCGAUCAGACAUUGAAGACACGUGUGGUGAAAAGAAAUUGUAACCCAGUAUGGAAUGAAGAAAUGACUGUUGCUAUCAAAGAUCCCAAUGUCCCAAUCCGCUUGACAGUGUUUGAUUGGGACAAGUUCACAGGAGAUGACAAAAUGGGAGAUGCGAACAUAGACAUUCAACCAUACUUGGAGGCUUUGAAAAUGGGAAUGGAGCUUUUGAGGCUACCUAAUGGAUGUGCUAUCAAAAGGGUUCAACCAUCAAGGCACAAUUGUUUAUCAGAUGAGAGUAGCAUUGUUUGGAACAAUGGUAAGAUUACGCAAGACAUGAUCCUUAGACUUAACAAUGUCGAAUGCGGCGAGAUUGAGAUCAUGCUUGAAUGGCAUGAAGGUGCUGGUUGCAGAGGUGUCACUUCUUCCUCUACCAAAGGUGGCUCUUCCUCUACCUGAACUUAUUAUUGUUCUUUCUUUCUUUCUUUUGUUGUUGUGUAUGAUGAAUCUGUUGUUGUUUCCAUAUGUAUAAGCAACUCAAGUAUGUUUUCUUGAUGACCAUUUCUAUGGCAUGAUCAAGAAGAAAAAGCUGGAAAAUUU